AUGAACACCACACACUCUGCAUUUUCAUUUCAGCCUGUGCUGCUUAAUGUCACAGAAGACUUCAAUAACUCAAUUCUGAACACCAGAAGUGGCAGUGGAUUUUGUGAGCAGGUCUUCAUAAAAGCUGAGGUCUUCUUGACUUUAGGGAUCAUCAGCCUCCUGGAAAACAUCCUUGUCAUUCUUGCAGUGCUGAAGAAUGGAAACCUACAUUCUCCCAUGUAUUUCUUUCUUUGUAGCUUGGCUGUGGCAGACAUGUUAGUGAGCAUGUCAAAUGCUUUGGAGACUAUCAUGAUUGCAAUCCUGAGCAACGGCUAUUUGAUCAUUGAUGACCACUUUAUUCAGCAUAUGGACAAUGUUUUUGACUCAAUGAUUUGUAUUUCUUUGGUAGCCUCAAUUUGCAACCUCUUGGUUAUAGCCAUUGACAGGUACAUAACUAUUUUCUAUGCUCUCCGUUACCACAGCAUCAUGACUGUGAAGAAAGCUUUAAUGCUGAUUGUGGUGAUUUGGAUUGCUUGUAUCAUCUGUGGCAUCAUAUUCAUUGCCUACUCAGAAAGCAAAACUGUCAUUGUCUGUCUCAUCACCAUGUUCUUUACCAUGCUCUUUCUCAUGGCCUCCCUUUAUGUGCACAUGUUCUUGUUUGCACGCCUGCACGUUAAGCGGAUUGCAGCCCUGCCUGCGGACGGGGUGCCCUACCAGCGGACCUGUAUGAAGGGAGCUGUCACCAUCACUAUAUUACUCGGUGUCUUCAUUGUUUGCUGGGCACCUUUCUUCCUUCACCUCAUUCUCAUCAUUUCUUGCCCGAUGAAUCCAUACUGUGUCUGCUACACUUCACACUUCAAUACCUAUCUGGUCCUGAUAAUGUGCAACUCAGUAAUUGAUCCACUCAUUUAUGCUUUCCGGAGUCUGGAGAUGAGAAAGACUUUCAAAGAAAUCAUGUGCUGCUGUUAUGGCAUGAGUGUGGGACAGUGCAUGCUGUAA